AUGCUUAGCCAAGGAAUCAUUUGUCCUAGUCAUUCCCCUUACUCAUCACCAGUUUUGCUUGUUAAAAAACGAGAGGGCACAUGGCGUUUCUGUGUCGACUACCGGGAGCUUAGUACUAAAACAAUUAAAGAUAAAUAUCCAAUUCCAGUAGUGGAUGAAUUAUUGGAUGAACUCAAUGGUGCUCGGUACUUCACAAAAUUAGAUUUGAAAUCGGGAUAUUUCCAGGUCCGUAUAGUGGCUGAAGAUGUGGAGAAAAUAGCCUUUUGCACUCAUCAUGGGCACUUUGAAUUUCUGGUUAUGCCAUUCGGCCUCACCAAUGCUCCAUCCACCUUCCAGGAAUUAAUGAAUGAGGUAUUUCAGCCUUCCUUACGCAAGUUCAUUAUGGUUUUCUUUGAUUAUAUUUUGAUUUACAGCAAAACGUGGGAAGACCAUUUGCAACAUGUCCAUAUAGUGUUUCAGUUACUUUGCUCUCACCAAUUAUUCCUUAAAAGAUCCAAAUGUUCCUUUGGUGAAGAGCAAGUGGCCUAUCUUGGUCAUGUCAUUAGUGCCGCUGGUGUUACAGUUGACACUUCCAAGAUUUCAGCCAUCCUGGAAUGGCCACCACCUACUUCUAUUAAGGCACUACGAGGGUUUCUUGGGCUAGCUGGAUAUUAUCGAAAAUUUAUUUGUAAUUAUGGACAGCUCGCUAGCCCAUUGACGAAAGCUAUCCGAGCUGAGAUUAACACCACCGACUCUCUUAGUCAGUUACGGCGCCCAGUUGAAGGUGACAAGCUCAGUUCAGAAUGGUCGGUAUCCAAUGGUCUCAUUCAUUACAAUCAGCGGAAAUACAUAAUAGUACCCAUGAGGGCAUCCAAAAAACGCUGCAUCGCAUUCGCAGUGAAAUUCUAUUGGCGUGGCAUGAAAUCUGCUAUCCGAGACUUUGUUGAAUCUUGCACAAUUUGUCAACAACAGAAGUCAUCCAAUUUGCAUCCGGCUUGGUUGUUACAGCCCUUAGCUCUUCCAUCUCAGAUAUGGUCCGAUAUAUUGAUGGAUUUUGUGGAGGGUUUACCCAAGUCUGUUUUGUUCGUUGUAGUUGAUCGCUUUUCUAAAUUUUCCCAUUUUAUACCACUUUCGCAUCCCUAUAAUUCUGUAACCGUAGCCCAUGCUUUCUUUUCACAUAUUUUUCGCUUACAAGGAUUACCUGAGUCCAUUGUUAGCGACCGUGAUGCUGUGUUUACCAAUAAUUUUUGGCGUGAAUUGUUUCGAUUGAGUGGGGCCAAGCUAAAUUUCUCUUCUGCCUAUCAUCCUCAGACGGAUGGGCAAACAGAGGUUGUUAAUCAUACUAUAGAAAUGUAUCUCCGGUGUUUUGUGGGUGACAAACCAACUAGUUGGGUGGAUUGGCUUCCUUGGGCUGAAUACUGCUCUUCUCGUGUAGAUGCAGUGGACAAAGCCCUAUUAGACAGAGAUUCUGUUCUUGCAGGCAUUCAUCAACGUCUUCAGCAGGCUCAGCAACGCAUGAAAAUAUAUUAUGAUAAGGGUCAUCGUGAUGUUCAGUUUGCAGUUGGUGAUUUGGUUUGGUUAAGUCUUCUUCCCUAUAGACGUCUUUCCCUUACCAACACCCCUUAUCAUAAGCUCUCACCCAAGUUUUAUGGUUCGUACAAGAUUUUACGAUGCAUCGGUGAAGUUGCAUAUCAGUUAGAGCUUCCUCCUUCAAGCCGGAUUCAUGAUGUCUUCCAUGUCUCUCUCCUCAAACCAUUUAAAGGUGACUCUCCAGUUCAGGUUCCGCUCCUUCCUCCUGUUGUUGAAGGCCAGGUGGUACCCACUCCAGCUUCUGUACUUCGCACCAGAUUGAACAGAGGCACUUGGGAGAUACUAGUGCAAUGGGCACAUUUACCAACUUUAGAAGCAACUUGGGAAGACCUUGACCAAUUCUGCCAUGCUUAUCCAAACUUCGAGCUUGAGGACAAGCUCCCUUCUCAGGAGGGGAGUGAUGUUGUGGACGCCUUUAUGGGACAACACUACUGA